AUGUCUUCGAACCAGCCAUCGCAAGCUUCUACUGCCCCUGCAUCUCUUCCAUCUGGUACUAGUCUCGAAGCUAUCAUUGGUGGCAUUGGCUACAAUCUUCCCUCCUCGGAUGAAGACUCAAUCGAAGUAAUGCUGCUUGAUGGCUCAAUUGCACAGCUCUUUGCCGGCAAGAUCAUCAUCGGAGAUCAGACUGUGACCUUACCCUCGGACUUGAGCAGCGAGACCACGCUGCCUGGGGGUAUCAGCGCCAAGCCUGCCGAAGCUACAACACCUGAUGACAACGAUGACAAUGACGGCGGUGGUGGUGGGGUCGGUGGCCUUUUCGGUGCCCUUGGAGGCAUUGCAAAGGGUGCGACAUCCGCGCUCGGCGGAGCUAUCGGCGGUGUGGAUGCCGUCACAUCAGGUGCCCUGGCAUUUGCUGGAGGGACAGCUGGUGCUAUCUCCGGUCCACUUACAGGAGCCAUUGGUGACACCGGCAAGUUUGUUUCCUCCUUGAACGGUAUACAGAAGUCGUUCCCCGGAAACGAGCUCACGAAAGGUGCUUUCGACACCUUCACCCGUGCCCAUCAACUCGCUCGUCAGUCUUUGAACUGGAUGAAGUCGACGCAGAACUUAGCUCAGAACUUUGACGACUUAUCAUCCGACGUCCAAUCCAAAGUCAUGUCAGGCGCGGGCGAGUUUGUAAAAGCUGGUGGUACUUUAGCUCAGUGCAAAACUGCCAUGGAGGCCUUUCAGGACUUUCCUUGGGAAGACGCCGAAGUACCGAGUCAGACAGCGCAGCCUAGUGCGACAGACAAGCCUACCGAAACUGCCUCGACGCAGAGUACCAAAGGGACUUCCACCACGCAGACCACCUCUCUGCAGUCGACUACAGACAUGACCUCCACAACACAGAGCGCGAGCUCUACUGUUACCUCGAGCCAGACGUCGUCAUCUGGUAGUGAGACGCCGACACCCACAGCCGAUCUCAAACGAGAGUACGUGAUUUCUUCCGAAGAUGGCACGCCUUGGACAAGUUUCAAAACCCUCAUUGACACCCUUGACGGAGGUGAGGGAUUCUUGGCCAGAUUCGACAGUAUUGGCAGUUACAUGUACGUCACCAUGCUCAACAGUACGCAAGCAGCAGAGAUAGCCGAUUCGCAUGACUGGAUUGAAUGGGUCGGUCUCAACGAGGGCGGAGUGCCGGAAGAAGAGCUAGAGGACUUCGCAGAGGAAAGCCGAGCUUUCAGUGUAGUGCAGACCAAGCACGUGUUGCUAUCAGAAGCGUCAAAGUCGCUUAACGCUCCGUAUCCGGCGAAUGCCUAUUCUAUGUCUGCACUUGCACAUGCCCCACGAGCCAUGGGCAGUCCGAUAUCCAACGCACCUUGGUGGAAGAAGAUGCUCUCUGCACCCCCUCCUGGUCCCGACGAGGUACCUCUGAGGCCUGAGAACUAUCCUGACUACUUGGCCGACGAUACGGGUGGGGCAGGGACCACUAUAUACGUCCUCGACGAUGGCUUCGACCUUGCGACGCCCGUAUGUAUACCGUUGCCUAUCAACAUUCUAAUCUGA